UCAUAAUCGCCGUGUUGUGUCUUUUUACACACACACAUGCCGGUCUUGGUACCGGAUUUGGAGCUAGAGUUGAUAACCGGUAUCCACGAGGGCAGGGUCGAGGAAGAAGUGCGAAGUGAAAGAAAGAAAGAAGAAAGAAAGGCGGGGAGGCGAUUGACAAUACCUAAAUAACUUCUCCUUCUCCUCUUUCUUCACAUUCAUCUUUGUCGGGUUACCAUUUUUCCUCCAAAGACAACGAUAACGAACCGCCUACGGUAACCCAUCAUGCCCACCGCCACCUCUCCUCCACUCUACUUAAACCCCCGAUGGACAACCUCACUACCCCCGCAAACAACCACUUUUACCCUCCUCCUCCUCGACACCACCAUUCCACCCAUCCUUUCUCCCACCACUUCCUAUCCUUCGCAGUCGAACCCAUAUUCCCCGCCAACAACUUAUGCCUACACCACCCCUUCCUCCUCCUUAUCCUCCAGCGUGGGCAUGAUACUCGGAAUAUCGCUCGGUGCGGUGAUGCUUGGCAGCGGUGUCGGGGUGUGGGUCUGGUGGGUUAGGAGGCGGAGGAAGGGGUAUGGGGCUUUGGAGAAGGAGGGGGAGGGGGAGGGGGAGCUUUUCUGAUUGUAAUAUAGAAAUAGAUGGAUAAGAGGAGGGGUAUAUAUUGGGAUUGAGACUGUAAAUUCUCAACUUGGCGGAAAGAAUACCGUCAGGUCUUGUUUUUUUUUUUUUUGGAGUUUGGAGUUUGGGAUUUCAUACAUAAUUCAUCACUCGUGGGGGGUCGGUUUGUUCUGGAUUGUCGGUAUCAUUCACAUCUGUCAGAAUGAAAUGGUAGGGGGGAUGCGAGUAUUAAAACCAUACUAACAUAACAUAUCACACCAUAAUAAAUGCUUUGGAAUAAAAAAAGGAAAAAAA